UUUCAGAAGGAAUGAGAACUAUAUGAACAGAUAGAACCACUUCAAUAAACAUGGUCACGAGCGGAACAAUCGAGGGAGAUAGUAACUUUGAUGCUGAAACUGAUGCGAACAAGCUCCGGCAGAUCCUCAAGGAAAGUCUCGAGAAAGAUAUAUCAGCAGAGAACAACAUAGCCCAGAUAUUAGUUCAGAGAUCAAACUUACAACGGCAGCAAAUAGAUGAAAGUUUCAGAUCACUCUUUGACGUGGGGUUAUGUGACGAUAUGAUGAUUGUAGUGAAUAAAGGAAACUACUUCGAGACCGUCAAGGCCUUAUUAUUAAAACCGAUCGACUAUGAUGUCGAGUGUCUUCGUGAAGCCAUAAUGGAAGCAAACGAGAGCGUGAUAUGCGAAAUGUUGUGCACGAGAACUCACAGUGAAUUAACAGAUAUACUGACCACAUACGAAUCAGUUCAUGAAUCGGCUGUGAAGGAAGAUUUAGAAAACUUUAUCGGCGAACACACACAUCUUUAUUUAUCUAUAUUAGAGUCUCCCCGUGACCGUGAUAAUACAGUAGACGAUAAUUUAGUUACAGAACACCUUAAUAAACUCAUUUCUGCAGAAAGGUCAAGAUGGGAUCUCGUCUCCAAUCCGGACGUAAUUCCAAUUUUAACAACCAACAACUUUGCACAUCUACGAGCAGUUUUCAAAGAGUUUCAAAAGCGUGACAAGGGUAACAUGGAGAUGAUAGAAAGUUCGAUAAGGAAAUGCUUACACGACGAGUUUCUAAGCAUGUGUCUGGUCAUGUGGGUGAAAAGUAUAAAGAAUGUGACGCGGCUAUUCAGCGAGUUGCUCUAUCAGUCUGUGACGUCGCUAACUGCUGACAGCGCCAGGGUCAUCCGCAUUGUUGUUGGACGAUCAGAGAUUGAUUUGAACCAGAUAAAAUCGCACUACAUGAUGCAGUAUAACAAGCAGCUCCAGCUGGCCGUACAACAGAAAUGUGGCAACGACCUUGCUUAUUCGACGAUAAUCACAAUGAUUAUUAAGAAUUAAACAAUAUUUGAACUGGGACAACUGACUUGAAACUUCAUUAUUCGACUAUAAAAAACGAGAUCCGUUCAUCACAUCCGCACGAACAGUAUCGUGGUAAUCUGUACAUUCUGUUGACACCUAUUUGUAUGAUACAAGGGCGCGAGAUAUUGACCAACUUUAUUAAAGACAGGACUACAUGCAAGAAACUUUUUCUUUUAUUUUAUUUGUCUGUCAUCAAUUAUAUCCCGUGUGUAAAUAUCUUUAACUUUAUGUGUAAUUUAACUCAAA